AUGAAUCUUGGAAACUCAACUGUCAUGACUUCCUGCAGGUCGACGAUCCAGACGGUGACAUGGCUGAGGGACGAACCUCUUCUUGGCCGCUCGGCUGUCCACCCCGAGGGCAGGUUCACCAUCACCUCCCUAGGGACCCUGCACGUCCGGGACACCACGCCGGAGGACAGCUACGUCAGGUUCUACUGCCAGACUGUCCAUAAAGUAACUGGAGAAAGGAGAAUCAGCACUCCGGGCCAGAUCAUCGUCAGAGAGCCAGAAGGUAACGUAGAGCCCAGGAUAGAACAGACGAUGGCCAAUGUAGCAGUGAGGGUUGGUACUACUGCAGAGUUAGUCUGUGCAGCUCAGGGCUCACCUCCUCCAACAUACAGGUGGUAUCGCAAGCUGGACGGCCAGCUAGGCUCUUCUCUGCAGGAGAUUCGUCCAGGUUCUGUGUUGGUUCGUCCGCUAGACUCGGUACUGCAGUUCCCUCGAGUACAGACUGAAGACGCAGCUCACUACGUGUGUGUGGUCAACAACGGACUAGGAGAGGAUCGGAGGGAGUUAGUGUUGACGGUGGCUACUCCACUGCUUGUCCACAUCCGACCUCAGCACCAGAUGGUUGAUGGAGGCACGACGGCCAUGUUCAACUGCUCCAUACAAGGCGGCCAAGGCAGGUUCAACAUCAAUUGGCUCAAAGAUCGCAGACCAUUGAUGGAGAGCGCCAGAAUCAACUUUAUCCAGCGACGUGAGGUGUUGAUGUUGAAAGACAUCAACAAGCAUGACCGUGGGAUGUACCAAUGUUUGGUGCACAGUGGGGACGAAUCAGCUCAGGCUAGUGCAGAACUGGCACUAGGAGCUGUGGGGCCUGAGCUGCAGUCCACCUUUAUAGAGCAGACCCUCCAGCCAGGUCAGCCAGUGUCGCUGAGGUGUGUAGCCUCUGGCAACCCUCCUCCCCAGUUCACCUGGAUGUUGGACGGUGGACCCCUUCUGCCCCGUGGAGGCUACAUCCUCGGCUCCCAUCUGGACCCCUCCGAUGACGUCAUCAGUCACCUCAACAUCUCCGUGGUGAGAGUACAGCACGGCGGAGUCUACACAUGUUUGGCCAGAAACCCUCUGGGAUCUGCUGGCCAUUCGGCCGCACUGAAUGUCUACGGUCCUCCAACCCCUAGAACGCCGCUCAACAUCACCGCUGUCUCUGGCGGUAACAUCUACCUGCGCUGUCCCGUGUCUGGGUUCCCUAUAUCGAGCACGACCUGGCAACGUGAUGGCGAGAACCUCCCGGCCCAUUACCGCCACCGAGUGUUCGCCAACGGAACUCUCCUGGUGAGGAACGUAGAUGGCAACACUGACAAGGGGGUGUUCCACUGCACCGUACGCAACCAGCAAAACCAGGCUGCCAACGGCAAGAUAUUUGUGGAAGUUAUGAAGCCCCCAGAAAUAGCACCAUUCUCGUUUCCAGAGAAUCUGCGUGAAGGAAAUAGAGCACACGUGUCUUGUUCUGUGAUCUCAGGAGACCUCCCGAUUGACAUUAUUUGGCACAAGGAUGGAGGAGCCCUCCCUCAGGACCACGACGUCCAGGAACAACAAAGCUCGUUCCUCAGUUCUCUGCUGUUUACUAAUCUCAAAGCGAGGCACGCCGGUCACUAUACAUGUAUUGCUCGAAACGCCGCAGCAGAAGCAAACUUCACUGCCAAACUAGUAAUUAAAGUGGCUCCCACAUGGUUGAUGGAACCACACGAUAUCUCAGUACUGUACCAGCAACAGGCAGCUCUACACUGUCAGGCUCAUGGCUACCCACAGCCUAGGAUCACUUGGAUGAAAGCUAGAUUGGACCAGCCAAGCGACUUUGUCCCACUAGAGACAGACUCCCGGAUGUUCCCGGCUGGCAACGGGUCACUUCUGAUCCGGGCUGCAGACCCACUACAUGAGGGACAUUACUCCUGUGAGGCUAGCAAUGGCAUCGGGAACAUUCUCCGGAAAGUCAUCUUUCUCAGAGUCAAUGUGCCAGCCCACUUCCGCACCCGUCAGUUGAACCAGUCCGGCGUGGCUGGUGAGAGUGUCAUCCUGGUGUGUGAGGCGGAGGGUGAUCUACCCCUGAGAGUGACGUGGGGUGUCUCGCCUCGACUGCACGUGCCGCCUCCGCACAGUCGACACACACCCUCGGGUCUCGCCUCGGAGGUCCACCUGCCAGAGCUAACCAGACAAGACGCAGGCGCAUACCACUGCAACGCUCACAACGAGUUUGGAGAGGACAACAUGGUGAUCUACCUUACUGUCAGAGAGCCGCCUGAUUCGCCAGAGCGCCUGGAGGUGGUUGAGGUAGGCAGCAGGUGGCUCAAUGUCAGGUGGUCACCGCCUAUCAGUAGCCACACCACCAUCACACAGUACCUGGUUCAGUUCCAGGAAGAGGGAGGUGGCAGCUGGGGCAAUGUAACUGUAGGUGGCAACACUCACUCUGCCAGGCUGAGUGGGCUCACUCCUGCCACUCACUAUAAUCUCAGACUUCUGGCUGUCAACGAGGUCGGGGCUGGAGCCCCCAGCUCCUCGACUACUGCCAUCACUCUUCAAGAAGCACCAAGCGAAGCACCUGAAGAAGUGACGGUGGAUGCUACGAGUGCAGACACUUUGGUGGUCCGAUGGAGGGCUCCCUCUUCCUCUAGCCAUGGAGAAGUUGUUGGUUACCAAGUCACAUAUAAAGAAGUAACAAGUGGAGGGGCUCCAGAGGUGCGCACUGUAAGAGGCAGACAGAAGUAUGAGAUGGUUUUGACAGGACUGAAGCACUACACUAGGUACGAGGUGACUGUGAGAGCCUUCAACCAGGUGGGACCAGGGCCUGCCAGCACACCUCAGUUGGCUACUACUAUGGAGGGUGUGCCAGAUGCACCACCCGUGGACAUCAGAUGCAGUGCUCAGUCGUCACAAAGUAUCCGUAUACGAUGGGAACCUCCACCAGUUGAAAACAGAAACGGAAUCAUUCAAGGAUACAAAGUCAUUUACAAGCAGGUCGACCCAAAACCAGGAAUGGCGGCAGACGUGGAGAUAAAGAAGACGACAGUUCUGGACACUACGCUGCACGGACUGAUGAAGUAUUCCAACUACAGCAUGAGACUUCUAGCCUUCACACACACAGGGGAAGGAGUUCAUUCUCAACCGAUCUACUGUGCCACGGAGGAAGAUGUUCCUGGGAUCCCUGAGCAGAUCAAGGCAUUAGUGAUGACGUCUGACAGUAUCAUGGUCACAUGGACACGACCCACGGAUGCUAAUGGUGUUAUCAUCAAGUACACUGUUUACGUGUCCAAUGGAUCAAGCAAGGAAGUGUUAAACAAAGAAACAGUGUUUGGAGAAGAGUUGAUUUGCGAGGUGCGCAGGCUCAAAGAGUUCCAGAGAUAUGAGUUCUGGGUGACAGCCUCUACCAGUGUCGGGGAGGGACCUUCCAGUACGAAGGUGUCUCAGAGUCCUAUAUCUAGAGUGCCAGCUCGUAUAGCUGGAUUCUCUGGCAAGAUGGUAGGUGUGGCCGGUGCUUCUCUCAGUCUAGGCUGCCACGCUGUUGGUCUCCCGGCGCCUUCGCGUAUCUGGCGCGGACCUACUGGAGCACCACUCAGCCCUGACUUCAGAGUGUUGUCAGAGUACACUCUUAUGUUGGGUCCCCUCACCUCCGACCUUGCUGGCAACUACACCUGCAAUGCGGAGAACGUUUUUGGACGUGAUCAGGUGGUCUAUCAGGUGGUGGUACUGGUGCCACCAGGCCCACCUCAACUGCUUGUGCCUGCCAACACCAUGGCCAGCCUGGCUCUGCAAUGGAAGGUGAUGAGUGACGGGGGCAGUCCAAUCACAGGUUACCAUCUUCAUUACCGCAAGAAAGGCGAGGAGUGGCGUCAGAUAGUGUUGGACUCUGACAGAAGAACAUUCUCACUAGAGAAGCUGUCUUGUGGAUCAAACUACGAGAUCUUCUUACAAGCAUCCAACGCUGUGGGACUCGGAACUCCUAGUCAGACUGUACAAGCGGCUACUAGAGGCGAGGCUCCCCCCGCACCUGAGAAAGAAGAUCUGAUCCUGGUGAAUGCUACCUCCGCCACAGUGUUCCUGGAGUCCUGGCCCUCCUCGGGUUGUCCCAUCACCAGUACAGACGUCGCCUACAAGCCGCAGGGUCAGGCGCAGUGGAGCAUUGUGGGUGCUGGUGUGACACCUCGGGAGGAAGUUGUGAUUACUGACCUGCUACCCGCUACCAGAUAUUUGCUGAAAGUUGCAGCGCAUAGUGAUGCUGGAACUACCAGAAGAGAAUACAUCUUUGCCACAAGGUCAAAAACAGGAGAAAUGAUUCCCUUGGAGAUGAUUCCAGAACCAACCACCUCUAUAAUCAACCAGUAUGGGAUCCUGGUCCCUAUAAUAGCAGGAGUGGUGGGGACUAUUGCCUUUACUCUCUGCGCUUGUAUUGUGUUCAGAAAGAGGACCUACACAGGUUACAAGGGGGCGGAGACGCCGGCUGCCAAGAGUCUAGUAGAGUUGGAGAACCAGAGGAAUGACUCGGCGGCUCACGCCUACUCUCCUUCGCCCAAUCGCAAACAUCAGGAUUCCAGUCUCUCCGCCAACAAAGGCAGUGAUACGUCAGGAGCUGACUAUGAGAUUUGCCCCUACGCCACCUUCAGUCUACCUACCCAAGCCAUGGCGCACUCGCUACAAUUCCAGACGUUUUCUCAGAGAGAAUGCUACGAGGGGCUGCCAGUCAAGGAGUACCACUACUCCAGGGGUCGGAACAAACCCGGCACCUCCAAGAGUCCUCCUGACGGGCUUAGCUUAGAGAUCUCGUGUAUAUCGAGUCAGCAGACGUUGCCUGUCGGACGCAAGGUGGAAGCGAACACAGCCUUCCUGUCGGACUCCGACAGUAGCGGGGGCAAACCUUCUCACCGGCGACACCCCACCCCCGCUCAUAAGAACCACAGCACAGACUCCACAGUGUUUGAGUUGGAUUCCAGCACGGAGUCUGCCGAGGCGUCGCCCCCACUGAGUCGCAGAGUGCCGAGUCGUCCCAGGUCGGUCGUGCGAGUGACUGUUCAGCCACCCUCCUGCUUCUCCGACUCUAGAGAAUUGUCCGAGGCCGAGUGUGACAGAGACAGAGAGGGGGGAGGGGGACUGAGACUCUUGCGACACGAGGAACUCGAGCACCAGCUGUCUACACUGGUCAACAAGUACAGACACGAACGAGACAGAGAAAAACAGGACUACACAAUACAUGUGUGAAAGUGAACAAAGAGACAGACUAUGCAGGAGAAAAGUGGACAAAGGAACAAACUAUGCAGGAGAAAAGUGAACAAAGGAACAAACUAUGCAGGAGAAAAGUGAACAAAGGAACAAACUAUGCAGGAGAAAAGUGAACAAAGGAACAACCUACAGUAUGUAGAAGAAAAGUUAACAAGGGAACAAACUAUGCAAGAGAAAAGUGAACAAAGGAACAAACUAUGCCAGAGAAAAGUGAACGUGGACACUAAAUUUAUCAUUGAUCAGGUUUAAGUGUGAAUAAAAUAAACAGUUGUUUCGGGUCCAAUCCAACAACCCCUUAAAUUUGGACUUCCAUCACCCUCUGUGUUACGACUAAAAUCAAAAUGUUGUUGAAUUUUGUAUGGUAUAACGUUAAGAUAAAUUUAAUAACUGUUAACAUAAUUAAAUAUUUAUGGGGACUGCCUUAUGUGUGUAUUUACGGAGCUUAGAUUAUACUCUGAGAGGUUUAACAGAUGUUGCUAACUGAAUCACUGUAAAUAGUUCACUAAGUUAAGGUUUUGUAAACAUAUCAUUUAUAUACAUGUUUCUAAGAAAUAAACUUUUUUUGAUUGGAGAUACUGUCUACAAGAAGUAAA